AUGUCUGAUCCAAUUUAUCAACCAAAGAUUGACCUUAGUCAAUAUCUUGCUAGCUGCUAUCUUGAUGAGGUCAAUGAUACUAACCACUAUGACGAUCCCAACGCUACAAUCUCAACCACUUCAACAACAGUUGCUAGCAACUUUGUUGCCCAAGAUGAAAUGUCAUUUGAUAGCAGGGAUUGGGAAUUGGACCAGGUGUCCAUGACUUCCGCUGUUAUGAGUCAAAACGUCAGAUCUAAUUCAAUUACAACCUCAAUUACAACUUAUAAUUCUCCGCCCAACAUGGUCAAUGGUGCAGGUUUACCUUCCAAGAUGGGACAGUUGCUGCCAAUGUAUCGUCAAAUUCACACUCAGGGAUGCUACUUUAAUUACUCACAACAAUCACGACAGCAACAACAACUUCCUGCUGGAAGAACAAUCGCUUAUAAUCAAAACUUAGAUCCAAUUUUAAUAACUUGUAAUGAAGAUGAAAUUAGUGAUAUUGAACAAGAAAACAUCCUUGCAUUCCUUUCAGAACCAAAUACUCCACCUGACAACAAAGAAGAAUUGCAAUACUUGGUAUUUGAUCACAUGUCUGACGCAAGAACUAUUUCAAAAAGUCCUACUCCAGAAUAUCAAUUUCCUACCGGUUCUUUUCCUCCUUCUGCUGGGGUAUUCUACCUACCAAGUCAAUCAACCCAUGCUCGUCAAGGAAUAACUCGUCCCCACCAAGAUGAUAUUGUCCAGAGUUCAAGUAGUAACAUAUUGAUGACAUACCCUUCUAAUUUUCAAACAAGCAGUUCUAGUAACUCGGAGAUGAUCAAUGAAUUAAAACAAAACUUGAAUUUAUUGCCCCAAUUUGAAUUCAAACAACAAGUUCCCAUUUUGAAAUCUCAAAGUCAACCAAUUAUCGCUAUAGAAAGACAACAAUCAUACACCCCAAGGUCUUCAAGCUUCUCGGUCAAUGGACAAACUACACCAUUCCCAUAUUUAAAUAUGCCGCCAUCAUCUCCCACCGGCUUGUUGUUUCCUGUCCUUGCUGGUAAACCACCUUCUUCUGGUUCCUCGCAAAGAAGACGAAAGAAUCGGAUGUCGUCUAAACCAAGGAAAACUUCAGAAAAGACCAGCUUGAUCAUAUCAUCCAGUUUAUUCUCUGAAGAAUACCCUGUCACCUUAAGUUUCAAUUCCAGAAGAGCAGACUUUGCUAGAAUUGUUAAAAAUAUGACAACCCCCACAAAUUCAAUGUCGAAACAUCCAAACACCAACAACCAAGACACUAUCAAUACCAGCCAAGACAGUAACACAUACUGUAUGAACGAGAGUGACGAUGAAGAAAUGGUGCAACCCAGGUUAGGUUCUGAUAUUUAUAGUAUUGGUCCAAAGGUAUUGCCACUUCCAUUUUCUCGCGCAUUUAUGGAAUUGAAAAAAUCAAAAUUUAUACCCCUUAGCGAACACAAGAAAAAUCAAAAGUAUAAAUUACCAGAAGGUGUUACUUCCAACUACAGGCCAACUGGCAUAGGACCACAUAGAGCAACUGAGCCCGAAUUAGCAGGAUUGGGUUCUUGUAGACUUACAUAUGACGAAAUAGACUUAGAAUUAUCUCAAGAAUCAUCAUUCCAAAAGAGAUCAAAAUCUAAGAAGAAAUCAAAAAAGCCAAACAAAGCCAGAGACAUCGAAAGGUUAUCCGAUUCAAAGAAUGAUAGGUAUUAUUCAAGGUUGAACAUUUAUGAAUUGUCUCGAAUUUUAGAGCUUGACGGUUAUCAUAUUUCGCUUACUAAAGAAAUCGAGGUGAAGGUCUUGGAGUUAUUUGGAAACUAUUGUGAUUUCAAAUUGGGUCAUCAAACAUGGGUUAGAGAUACUACCAGAGAAGGAAGACAAGAUUUAAUUACUAAGUUGUAUUCCUAUAGCUCUGUAUUCUAUCCUGAAUUAGAUCCAUUCAAGUUGGAGGUUAUUAUUCGCAGAGGGAGUUACAGCUUGAUGCAAACUAGAUUAAGGAGAGAACGUCGUAUGAAUAGGCACUUAAAUCGUACCAACAUUGAAACCAAAUAA